ACACAGGAAAAAUUAGAGAGUACUUUUUUCAGAGUUACCAUUAUUUUCCUCUAAAAGAGUAAUGUUUAUUAAUUUUGGAGUGUAAUUACUUCCCGUGGUCACUAGAGUAGGAGAAAAAAAAUAGAGUUAAUUAUUUUGGAGUAAUAUCAAGACCACGCCCCUUAAUGCUCCUUAGGUUUCGUUUCUGCCGUCAUUUGCAAUCCCAGCAGUGAAAGGUCAAGGUGAAGACGGAUGUUUGUCGGGAUGCAGGCUGUAAGAGUGAAAUACAGAGACCGCCAGAAAUACAUUUGUCAUGAAGGGCAGCUGACCUUCAAAUCAUUUUUGGACUGUGUUUCCAAGAAGUUUGAGAUUCCUACCUUGGACUUAAAAGUCUAUGAUGAUUUGAACACUGAAAUUGACGAGGAUGCAUUUGCGUUUCUUGAAAUGAAACCAGAUCCGGGUGUGCUAGAGGUCCGUUUGCCCAAGGGUUCAGAUUUUGAAGAUUCAGUCAGCCAUUCUAGAAGCCACCCCCUUUGCACCAGCAACAGCUCCUUUGAUGAAGGGGACUCUGAUGACACCAUCAUUUUACAGUCUACUCCUGUCCAAAGAAACAGAGCUGACCUGACUCGUCUCGCUCAGCUCAUUGAAAAUAUUCUGAGGAAGAAACCUGGAGGAGAGAGGAUCUUUACAGAGUAUGGUUGGACAAAAAGCUUAACAGAUUCCAGAAGACGUGACAUGGUGAAGAUCUUGGUUGCACACAUGGCGAGUGAACAUGGGACAAGUCCUUCAAAGCGUGUGAAAGAGGACUACGCAAAAGGUAUCACAGCCUUGUUUCCAUACCUGGCUGAUCCCCAGGGAACUUUGGGCUAUGAGCAGUAUUACAAUCCAGUUGAUGGGAGUGGAUUUCUUGCAUGGAGAGUGAAAACGCUUCAGAAAGAAGCCUCAGAGGGACAAAAGAAAAGAAGCCCUCAGCCGCUGACAGGCGGUCCGGUUUCUGGUGAGAGAACCCCAUUCUGUAAGGAAGACCAACUGGCCACAGAAACCCAGUGUUGUGAGGCCAUUGCACUGAUGAAGUAUACAACUGAUGAAGCAAUUAUCAGGGAGAAGAUGAAACAGACCUUCACCCAUCGCCAAGCAAUGGUUAAUGACCCAGUAAAGUCCUCUGAAAUAUUUACCACCUUUCCAAGAUUUCUUGACAUCAAGGGAAUGAUAGAGCAGGAUUUCAGUCUGAUGUUUGGUGAUGACAUUUCCGCAAGGUUCCUGGAGAAGUGGCCUACUCACUACAGGCAGAAAGUCCUUGAACAAAGUCGUGGCCUCACCCAGACAAGCGACCUUGAAGAUCUCCUUCAUAACGCAGAAUCCACAACAGAAGAACUGAAAGAUGGAUGGGACAGUGAAAUGUCAUCCAUCUUGCUCCUUAUCCACCUCAUGCCACCAUCACCUCAUGGCCGCAACAAAAGACCAGGAAAGCUCUCUGCCAGACAAGCCAUUGACCACCUUGUGAAAUUUAUCAAGACUGGGACCAGUGUUGAGGGUCAUCUGGACAGCAUCACAGAGAGCCGUCAACCCUAUCUGCUGGCUGUGGGGACCCAGAGGAGCGCCAUACAAAAAUACUUCAUUGUGAUUGACAAACAUGCAAUCCCAUGUCAGUCACCAGAUGCGCUUGCCUCUUUUGAUGAACUUUUCAAAGCUCAUUUCGUCUUCGCUACCUCAUACAACAGGGAUCUGGCCAAUGUCUACCACUUCUUGCAAACCGCUGUUUACCAGAUUGAUGCUGCUACAACUAAGAUGAAUCCCAGGGUCAAAGAGAUGAGAGCUCGGAUGCUGCACUGAUUCUGACACUUUAAGAUGCUUUGGUUUGGAGGGUUCUGAUGCUGAACUGAUUUAUUUAUUUUUUUUGUUUUAUACUGAACAAAUAUUUUCAUUUGAGGGCUCUGAUUUUGUACUGAUUUACAUUUUUUGGCUGGGGUGAACUCUAUUGCAAUAUUCUACCGCCGUAUCUGCAGCAGGUGGUGUAGUAAUUGUGUGAAUAUUCUACUUAAUUUUAUUAUAUUAUAUUUUAAGUAUUAUGUGUAUCCCCAAAAUCCUUUUUUUCCUCCUUCAUAUUGAUUACUCUGCCCAUGGAGCUUUAUUCAUGGAGAUUUUUGUUGCAAACUUUUAAACCAUUUAAAUUUUCAUGUCUCAUAUAAUGCUGUCAUAUUACAACAGCCAAACUGUAUUGACAUGUAUAUGUUGAGUGCACUUGCAUCUAUUAUGCAUUUAAGAAUAAUACAAGUUCAUUGUUGAAUAUUAA